AUGGCGGGAGGAGGCAGUCCCUGGAUCACAGCGGUGGGAGGAGCCAUAGGCCCCCUCCGGGGCCCUCGGCCUCUGCAUUCGGCUGGCCUUCGCGGAUUCCGAGCGGAAACUCCCAUUGAGGAGUUCACCCCAACGCCAGCUUUCCCGGCACUCCAGUACCUGGAAUCGGUGGAUGUGGAGGGUGUGGCUUGGCGAGCAGGACUGCGCACAGGAGACUUCCUGAUUGAGGUGAACGGCGUGAACGUGGUGAAGGUGGGGCACAAGCAGGUGGUCUCACUCAUCCGCCAGGGGGGGAACCAUCUGGUGAUGAAAGUGGUCUCUGUCAGUCGCAAGCCAGAGUCUGAAGACGUGGUUCGGAAGAAAGCUCCGCCGCCACCCAAGAGAGCCCCCAGCACCACACUGACCCUGCGCUCCAAGUCCAUGACCGCUGAGCUGGAAGAGCUGGAGAAGUUGGAUGAGAUCUUGGCAGCAGCUGAGCCCUCGCUGAGAGCAGACAUUGUAGAAGCAGAUUCCCGGGCAGCCACCGUGAAGCAGCGACCAACCAGCCGGCGGAUCACUCCUGCGGAGAUCAGUUCCCUCUUCGAGCGGCAGGGGAUGGCAGCGCAUGCUGGGCCAGAGAAGCCCCACGUGUCCCUCCGCAAAGGCCUCCCGCGGACCAAAUCCGUAGGCGAAGACGAAAAGUUUGCGGCUUCCCUCAUGGAUGGAAAAUUUCCCCGGAGUACAUCGAUGCAAGACACUCACCGGCCCACCGCCCUCCUUCUCCCCGCCCCGCCCCCGGGAAGAGUCUACGACACCGUCCGGUCCAGCUUCAAGCCGGGCCUGGAGGCCAAGCUGCAUGGGCUGUCCCCGGGGGUCAGCGCGGCCGAGAUGUACGACCAGGCGAGGGCUUCCGUCCCCUACCCCGAACGGCAGAAGCGUGCCCGCUCCAUGAUCAUCCUGCAGGACUCCUCCCACGUCCCUGUGGAGCCCACCGACAUCCCCCGGCCAGGCCCCUCCGCCACCCCGCCCGAGAAGCUGAAGAGGAAGGGCCGGGGGGCAGACAACCCUUACGCCAACAUGGGCCAGUUCAAUGUCAGCCUCUUUGCCCCCACCAAGCCUCAGAGGAAGAAGAGCCCCCUGGUGAAGCAGCUGCAGGUGGAAGACGCGCAGGAGCGGGCGGCGCUCUCCAUCGCGGGGGGCUUCCCCCGGGAGCCUUCCCCCACCCGCCGCGGCCACCGCCUGAGCGGAAUGGAGUUCCCGUCCCCGCAGGUGGACGCCGCCAGCCUCCCCUUCUCCACUGCCGUCGCGGGGGCCAUGAAGGACCGAGACCGCCGCCUCGAUGAGAAGCGGAAAUCCACUGUCUUCCUUUCAGUGGGGGCCAUAGAAGGGAGCCCCCCCACCAUAGACAUGCCAUCGCUGCAGCAAUCCCGGUCCAUCGACGAGCGCCUGCUGGGGAGCCGGGACGUUCUCCUGCCUUCCCCCGUCUCAGCUUUAAAGCCAUUCCUCAGCGGUUCCUCUUCAACGUUCAUCCACCCACUUACAGGGAAACCCCUGGACCCCAACUCACCCCUGGCGCUGGCGCUGGCUGCGAGAGAACGAGCCCUUUCCACCCAGGUCUCCUCCAGAGUGCCCACCCCCAUCCACAGCCCAGACUCGGACCGGGUGGCGCCCUUGUUUGUGGACAUCCAAACCAAAGACCAAGAGAGGGGGGAGCUCGAGGGCCGGGGGUCUCCUGCAUAUUCACCUGGAGCCAAGGCUGCCACUCCCAGCCCGCUGACCCCGACACAGAGCCCCUGGGGGAUGCCCGCAAGUGCAAGGAAAGAGGGCGAGGCACAACCUGAGAUGCCUGUGAAAGAGGAGAAGAAGGCAGAGGACAAGAAGUCCAUGAUCCUCAGCAUCGUGGACACGUCGCAGCAGAAGACGGCCGGCCUCAUCAUGGUGCACGCAACGAGCAACGGCCAAGACCUCGGCUUUGAUGUGAAGGAGGAGAAGACUCCUGUCCCUGAGGGAGGCCCAGAGCCGGUGGAAGUGUCCAUGGCGGAGGCUCAGCCUAGCCCUGUGGGGAAGGCUCCCGUCAGCCCAGCGUUGGACAAGACUCUCGGACAAGGGAGUUCGGAGGAGGAAGUAGAGACGUAUACGGUUACUCUGCCGCCCGCUCAACUGUCCUCGAGUGAUGAGGAGACCAGGGAGGAGCUGGCUAAGAUUGGCCUGGUGCCUCCCCCUGACGAGUUUGCAAAUGGGGUAUUGGUCACCACCGCCGGCACACCUAUCAGCCAACUGGCUACUCCAGCCAUUGCCACGCCAUCUGUACCAGCGGCAGCAGUCAUACCUUCUACCACUGGUGGAACACCCUCAGGGAAGCCCUCUGAUGCCCCCACCGCCCCAGAGUCUGCUGCAGACUCAGGAGUGGAAGAGGUGGACACCAGAAGUUCAAGUGACCAUCACCUGGAGACCACAAGCACCAUCUCCACCGUCUCCAGCAUGUCCACGCUGUCCUCCGAGAGCGGAGAGCCCACCGACACCUACACUUCCUUUGCGGAUGGACACACUUUUGUACUCGAGAAGCCGCCAGUGCCUCCAAAGCCGAAACUCAAGUCCCAGACCAGCAAGGGGCCGGUUACUUUCAGGGACCCACUUUUGAAGCAGUCCUCGGACAGCGAGCUCAUCUCCCAGCAACACGCGGCCAUUCUGGCUUCCGCCAGCGUUGGCCGGCCACGCUACCUCUUUCAGCGAAGGUCCAAGCUGUGGGGGGACCCCCUGGACAGCAGGCCCAUCCACGGGGCCGAGGAUGACAAACCAACUGUGAUCAGCGAGCUGAGUUCCCGGCUGCAGCAGCUGAACAAGGACACACGCUCCCUGGGGGAGGAACCUGCCGGUGGCGUGUUAGACCCUGGAAAGAAGCCUCCCGUGGUGGCAGCACGGCUUUGUUGCCACGGUCUUACACACCAAGAGGCUGGCAGGCCUGAUCCCAAAUGUGGGCAAAUUGGGGUGGGGCAGGAUUCACCUGGCCCUUCUCCCUGUGCGCUGGGUCGGGAAGAAGGUAGCCAAGAGCAGCCGCAAGAGGUGACUUCUCUUCCUCUGGGUCCAGAGAUGGAUGCCAUAGAGGAGGUGCCCGUCUGCAUCCUGAGUGACACCAAGUGGGCCCUGGGACGGUUCAUGCAGAAGCCCCUCCAGCUCUGGAACAAAUACGACGUGGGGGACUGGCUGGAGAGCAUUAACCUGGUGGAGCACCGAGACAAGUUUGAGGACAAUGAAAUCGAGGGCACCCACCUGCCCGCCCUGACCAAGGAGGACUUUGUGGAGCUGGGGGUGACGCGGGUGGGGCACCGCAUGAACAUCGAGCGAGCACUCAAGCAGCUGGCAGACAGCUGACCAUCCCGGCAGCCCGGGCUCCUCUCCCGGGGCCACGUCACUCAGGCGCAGGCAGGGCAUUUCUGCUAGGCCAGUAGGCAGGAACCCACCGGACCUCUUCCUGUCCUGCUCGGACUGCUGCACUGAAGGGCAGGGGGCCAGCAGGUGGGCGGGCACCUCCUCUCUUUCCCGACCCACAGGUCCCCAGCCACCCUGGCACAGAGCCCGACGCCUUGGGAACAGGCACGGGGCACGGAAGCUCGCCCCCUUGCCUGCUCUGCGCCCUUCCCCAAGAGAGUCGCUGCGGGACAGGCGGUUCCGGGGAAGGAGAGGUACUCCCUCUCGGAGAACACUUCGGUAGCACCCAGCACCGGCCCAGAGGGGAGGUGGGAGGGGUGAGGCACUGAGAGGGAGGGGGCCAGUGUGCUGGGGUUGCAAGGCUCUGGCCGGGCCUUGACGGACAGUAUUUGUACUCUGUGGUGCUGCGGUUGCUUGCGUCGCGUUCGUCCUUUGGAAGGCCAGAUACUGACCGACGGGGGCAUCUUGGGGAAGGGGCCACAGGGAGCCUUGCUUGCACCCGAGCAACUGCUGCCGGAGGAAUUCUCCCUGUGAAGGUCAGCAGGAGCUCCUAAGAGAGGCCGCGGAGCAGGUUGGGGGUCCGGAGAGGGGAACGCUGGUCAGCAGGGCUCCCACCCAUCCCAGUUCCUUCCCCCCG